AGCACCUGAUGAGGCUGGCUGAUGUUAUUAGGACCUGUAAUAGUGUUGCCUAAAAAGGGACAGCGUUGAUAUCUGGAUGUGUUGCAAGGAAAGGAGUCGCAUUUCUAUCCCUGUAACCUUUGGUGCAAAGUUGAGAUGUCUUCUGCACCAAACAAGAUUCAGGACAGACAAAAAAGAAAAAAAGAAUAAGUCGUUGGUAUCGAUAGGGCGACAUGGAGUCUAUCGUGACGAGCCACUGUUCUGCCAAGCUUGCCGUUCGAUUGCUUACCCGCCGCGCCAGGCCCGCAGCUGCUUGCUGGAGCGAGUUUGUUACUGGCUAAGAUUUCACAGGUCUAAAAUGCCCCCCUGCAUCGUGCCCAGCCAGUUGUCCUUGCACCCCCCAAACACGAAGAGGUUUUUAGUUUGCUGUGACCCCUUUGGACUCAGAAUGGCUAAAAUUCUAUCUGUCCAAUCAAGCAGGUCCAGCCGUGCUGGCAAGUUCAACACUGUAGCUGUGCAUCUUGGACGUAUGGCCCAGCUUGCUAUGGAAUGGGUGAGGAAGUGGUUGAACUUCUGGCAGAAUAGGCCUUCAUCCCUCAUGAGGGCUGUAUUGACGGGCAUUGCCAAGGGGGCAAUGUCCAUCUUGGAAAAGACCAUAAAACUUUUAAGAGAGGAAGAAGAACUUGGAAGAGAUGGAAGCAAAACAGAGAUGCGGAACCUGGAAGCUGGUCAUCUAGGAUAUCUUUUUCUGAACAGUCUUGAGACUUACCCUCAAGAAGAUGCAGAAAGCUUCAUUGAAGAUGGACAUUUUGAACAGGGCCUGGAACAGCUUUUGACUACUUCCAGCAGUGCCAAAAUGGAUAAGAUGCAUUUGGAAGAAGAUGGUAUUUCCAAACUGUAUUUGAUAACCCCUUCCAUCUCCUGUGACUUUGGAAAUGAUUGGGAAGGUUCUUCAGAAGACAACACGGGAUUAGAAGACACAGAGAGUCUUGGGAAUUUCCCACAGAAAUGGCUAGAACAUUGUUAUCGUACGCAAAUAUGGACAAAAGGAUUGAAUGUUGGCAAUUACUUUGGAAAGAAUCUGAAAGAUUGCUCUAACCACUGUGGAGAGUUAAAGGAUUUUGAAGGGAGCUUUCGCAAAGGUUUGGAAAGUACCUCUGCUUCCCAGGAAAAUGAGGAGGACUUGGAAUCUAAUAGAGGUUUGGCAAUGUGUGACAGGCGAAACUUUGAAAGUCCAUCUGAUUGCCCAAAGGAUGGGGAAUUGUUACAAACACACAAGAAAGGUGGAGAUAAGGUUACUCUCAACUCAGAAACAACCACACUCUCCAAUGGUUUCAAGAGCCCCCUUGUCCUAUCUUUGUUCUACAGUCCAUCAGAGGAAGAUGAGGAUGAUGAUUCAGAGGACGAUGAUUCAGAGGACUGGGGGAGCGAAGAUGAGAUGCAAGAGAGCAGUCAGUCCAGUGAGUACUUGGAUGGCCAAGAUUCAGGAAAUGGAGAUAAUUACUUGGAAGCAAAAGUUAACUCUCUACAUCAGGAAGUUCUUGAGAACCUCUGUGGAUCUUUAUUUCUGAACAAUGACCCUUUCCACCCUCUCUGUCUUUCCAAGCCCAUUCAGGCCCACAAGACCACCACUUCUACUCCAUAUGAGCCCAAGGAAUUCACAGUCUCCUUUUAUUCCACAAGCCUGGAUUCUAAGCCUGAAGAGCUAUAUAAUCUCCCAAAGCAACCAUUGCCCAAGAGGGACCCAAGAGUUACCCCCAGGCAGCCAGCUCAUAAAUGCUGCUGGCCAGACUCCAAGAAAAGUUGUGAUCCUGUCACCACAGAGACAUCAUCAGUUUCUCAGGAGGCAAAUCGGGUGAUUAAGAACCCCAGCAGCUGCUUGACGAUGGGCGGUGUGAAGGGCAGGAUGGACGACAUGGCCACGGUGGGGAGAAGGAGAAGUCCAGAAGCAAGCCUGGGGAAGGACUGCCAGCAGCAGUAGUGAGCAUGGCCAACUCCCCUUGCAUCUCCAAGAACUUCACAGCAGCCCCAGGCAGGCCCAUCCCACUCCAGCGAGCCCUGGGCAGCGAGGUAAAGGCACGAAGGCAGCGCGUGUCGGUGCGCAUUGGGGUCGUGGGUGGAAGAGGUGGCUGCUGCUAGCCUUGGCCCAGGGAUAAAGCCAAGGGCACCACUACCACCCACCACCCACUCCAAACUUUCUCCCGAGUUUUCUCCGCAGGCGCCUCUGGAGGCUGCAACUACCAUGCCAAGCUCCACCUCCUCGCCCUGCCACCACCACUCCUGCACCUCUGCUGAAAGUUCUGAACAAGACUCCUUUGAUGACCUGCCAGGCAUUUGGAACUUGCUGUUGGGGCUGGUUCUGUUGCUGGGUCUCGGCAACCCCUUCACCUCCCCCUGCAGUUCCAUUGCUAGUGACUUGCUGUUCAGGGCCAGACGUGGGACCCGCUGCCACCACCUCCAUCUCCAGCACCACCAUCUUGGAAUCGUGCAGGAUAGUGUAUGAAUGCGAUAAAUAAAUACCUCCAAGUAUCUUAAGCUUGAAUCAGCCACAGAGAAGGGUUGUUAACCAGGCCUGCAGUUGUAAGCUUUCCAAAGCAUCUAUUGGAAACAGAAUACUAAGCUAGAUAGUUCUUUGGCCUUGUUCCAUAAGGCAGUUUUUACCAUUUUAAUCUUACCUCAUCCACAGGCUUACCAGGUUGCUUUAAGUGAGGCACUAUCUUUCAGCCACUUUCCCAGAGACAAAGAAUUGGGGAUAUUACGCUAAACACAUUCUUACUCUACAAUUCCCAGAAGCAAGAAUAUGUUUCAGGUGAUCAAAAUGAUCAGAACCAACAUUUGGCUGAACAAACUUUGAGGAAAAUACAUUGCUCUGAACAAUCUCGCAGCCACCAGAAAAAAUGGCCUGGGCGCUUUCACUUGUAGGAGAAGGAAUAACUGCAAUACCGCAAAUCCAAGUUGCACAAUUAAAGUAGAUUUGGCACUUCUCAACAACAAACCUGCUUCCAAAAUUUAAGAUUUUUCUGCAGCAAGAAGGUGAUGAGAAAAUGCACAGGAAUGUCUGGAGUAAUGAUUGCUUGAUACAAUGUUGUGUAACCUCCCCACAAACAAAUUGGAAUGAAUUCUCAAAAAAUAGGUAUUCUGGAAGUGACUGUAAUAAAGUUGGUCCAUGUUAUAUUUUUAACUAGAGAGUCUGAAAUCUUGAAGUAUUUUAAACCAAAUGAUCCAGAAAUUGUUCAGACACACCAGUGUAAAUAACUUCAAUUAUUAGACUGCCUCCAAUAAUCAAUUCACUGCCUGCAAUAAACAAUUUAUGCCUAUAGGUUGUAAUAA